AUGCCCCCAAAGAUAUGGAGGGGCACGUUAAGCCCGCUGGCGGGGCUGGCCCCCCUGGCUCAUUUGGGGCUGAGGCAGCGCCCGCUAACGCCCUGGGCGGCCGUGGGGGCGCUGGCGGUGGGGCUGCUGGCUUGCCUGGUCAUGCUGCUCAGCAUCCAAGGGCGCCUGGAAGUCCUGAGAGAGGAGCUGGCUGGGCUGCGGAGGGAAGCGCUCUGCGAGGCAGCCGGGACGGCGGAGGACCAGGGCGCGCCCGAUCCCCAGCAGGAGCCCCAGCCUCCCUGGCCUGGAGGGCACACUCUGAUCGGGCUGCGAUUGGCCUGCCCAGGUAAAGGAAUCCAAUGCCAGGUGAUCUUCCGGAUCAGCGCCAGGGAAGCAGGGCAAUUCUAUGCAAGAAUUGCGCAAAGUGGCGCAGGGCGGGAAGAUGUUUGGGGGCAUUUCCAGUUAAACCCCAGUAUUUCCAACUUUGUUUGCUCCCCAGUAGGAAAACAAUCCGUUUUGCAUUUGGUCCCCACCCGUCAUUCCAAUAAUGAGGAGGACGGUGGCACAGAGAUCUGGUGGGCACCUUUCCUGCGUCAGGGGCGAUCCUUGGAGCCCAGCGGGCAAGAUGUGAUGGUGAAGCACACCGGGCUGUACUUCAUCUACAGCCAGGUGCUGUUCCACGACCCCACUUUUACCAUGGGGCAGGUCCUGCGACGGGUGGCCCCAGGCAGGCCGGAUCAAAUCCUGUUCCGCUGUGUCCAAAGUAUGCCCCGCAAGCUAGAGAAGGCUUACAACAGCUGCUACAGCGGAGGGGUUUUCUACCUCCAGCAGGGAGACCGCCUGAGCCUGCGAAUCCCACGUUUCAACGCCUCCUUCGACAUCUCUGCUCACGGGACCUUCCUGGGAGUGUUCCGUUUAUAGACUGCUGCGCAUCUUGGCACCCCCAGGAAGGAUCCCCACGGGGCUUGGGGCAAGAGCCUGCUCUCAGUCCUGAGGGUGCUGUUUCUUUCUGGCUCCUGGUU